AUGCUGCCUUUCUACAAUUUUAGAAAAUUAACGGCUACUCUGCCUGUUCCAAUACUUCUGCGGCGCGAUCAUCCAAAACAAGCUCACGACGCAUUCAUUCAAUAUUCGAGGCGGAUAUCUCAACUCAUAACCAUUAGUAUCAGCCCUAGGUCGAUAGGAUCGAGUCUUUGGAGUAUUUUCUGGGAAUCAGGCGUUGCUUGCAACGUUGUCAGUGCUUGGCUAUUUUCAAUAUAUGAUGUUAUUCGGCCCGUGCUUAAAUCGAGAAAUACGGAGUUACUUAUCAAAAUGUUUAUGAUAUAUCGUCCUCGACAGGCACCAUUCAGGAUCGGCGUUCUUUGGCUUGGACCUUUGGACUGGGUUGGCAUGAUUGAAUCCUAUCUUACAACAUUGGAAGAGCAACCGAAAUUUACUCGCGCGUCGCAACCUGAUUCUGUUUCAGCUGCAUGGCUUGGCUGUAGGCAGUCAUUCUUAGAUGAAGUUGGACUGGGCUGCUAUGAAGAGAACGGCAUGAGGAUGCUAUCUAAUAGUGAUCUUGCCCGCCUUCGUUUCAAUUAUCGUUACAUUGCGAAUGCGGAGGAGUUGCCAUAUGGUUGGCAGCCUUUCGGAAGUACAUCAGCUAAGGAGAUUGAACCGGAGCUACAUCAGUACUUGGAUCUCUGGCGUGCCCGAGAGUAUCACAGUUGGGUUUGGAUUCUGGGAGAUGAGAAGCAAUGUUUUCAUUCUGGUGUGAUUGACAACGCGCAAGUACAAGAGAAGCCGGAUAUAAAACACAGCGACAACAAAACAAUGACUAAGCUACCGCCCAUCAUAUCUCGCCCUUCCAUAGAAGCCACCUAUCGAGUGUUGGCAUGGGCAUCAAGGGAUUCCUGUGGCGGCCGGAUCAAUCUACCAACCCAUCCAUGGUUAAUCGACUAA